UAACUUAUCCCAAGAGUGUCACUAAAUUGAAAUUCAGAUUUCUGCAAAUCCCACGAUCGAUGCUCCUAGGACAAACAAUAUUGUUUUUGGUUCGCAAUACGACAGAGAAAAGCAUUUUUAAUAAUAUGUUACUGUUAGUUUUAAUUCCACUAAAGGUCAGCUAGAAGAAAUAUUACACCAAGUUGUCAUUAGUUAUCCACAACAUGGGAGAAAGCUCCUGGCACUAAAACCUUUCAAGCAGUAACCUCGAUCGCCUGAAUGCGAAUAGUGCCAAUAUCAAUGACAAUUUUUUUAAAACAUAUAUCGCAGAUCAAAUUUAUUGCUGUCAAUGAUAAUCUUCAAGUCAUCUAUGAAGAGGCUGUCCGAUUUGACUCUGAUCUUCCCCACUAUAACACACGGGGAGGUGUCUGCAUUGCUGAUGACAAAAUUACCAUUACAUCACCAGCCAUUAUGUGGGUGGAGGCAUUAGAUCUACUUUUGAGCAGGCUGAAAAAUUCGGGAUUUCCAUUCCAGCAAGUUGUUUGUGUCUCUGGCACUGGACAACAACAUGGAAGCGUUUAUUGGCGACAAGGUGCACAGCAGAUUCUCAGAAACCUUGUAGCUGAAAAGCCUUUGACAGAACAACUAAAGGAUGCAUUCUCGGUGGCGAAUUCUCCAGUAUGGAUGGACUCUAGCACUACUCGCCAGUGUCAGGAGCUGGAAUGCAAAGUUGGAGGAGCAGAAAAACUGGCUGCGAUCACUGGAUCUCGUGCGUAUGAGAGGUUCACAGGCAAUCAGAUUGCAAAAAUUUAUCAACAGCAGCCUGAAGCUUACAACAACACUGAGAGAAUUUCGUUAGUAAGUAGCUUUGUUGCAAGCCUUUUGCUUGGAGAUUAUGCACCAAUUGAUGAAAGUGAUGGUUCAGGCAUGAAUCUUCUGGACAUCCAAGCCAGAGACUGGUCACAGGAGUGUUUAGAUGCAUGUGCUCCAGGUCUGAAAGCUAAACUAGGGUCUCCUGUACCUUCUAAUGAAGUCAUUGGAACUGUCUCUUCCUACCUGAGCAUUAGAUAUGGUUUCCCAAACGACUGCAAAGUGGUGGCUUUUACUGGAGACAAUCCAGCUUCACUGGCUGGAUUGGCAGCUCAGAAGGGAGAUGUUAUUGUGAGCCUUGGUACUAGUGACACUCUCUUCCUGUGGCUGGAGACUCCAAAACCAUCUUUGGAGGGCCACAUUUUUGUUAACCCUGUGCAGACUUCAGACUAUAUGGCUCUGCUCUGUUUUAAAAAUGGGUCUUUGACACGUGAGAAGAUUCGAGAUGAAAGAGCAGGAGGAUCAUGGGAAAAAUUCAACGAACAGCUAAAAUCAACUCCCAUGGGAAACAAUGGACAGAUAGGAAUGUACUUUCAUGUAAUGGAGAUCCAGCCAUUGAUUCAAGGAAUCUAUCGCUUUGAUAAGAAUGGACAGAAGAUUGAUGAUUUUCUAGAUGCAGUGGAAGUGAGAGCUGUUCUGGAAAGUCAGUUUAUGGCUCAACGUGUUCAUGCUGAAAACCUUGGCUUUAACAUAGGUCCAGAUACCAAUAUCAUUGCAACAGGUGGUGCAUCAUCCAAUCCUGCAAUACUUCAGGUGUUAGCAGAUGUCUUCAAUGCACCAGUGUACAUUAAAGAUGUCGCCAACUCAGCUGCUCUAGGUUGUGCUUUCAGAGCUAAAUAUGGUUGGCUAGGCACAGAUGUUCCUUACUUGCAAAUUGUGGAGAAGGGCAGUGAAAGAGUUUGUGUGGCUUACCCAACACCAGGAGCUGACGAUGUGUAUCGUGUCCUUUGUCAGUGCUACAGAAAACUUGAAGCUGAAGUGGUCAGUACAUAUGGUCACAAACAGGGAGACUACAAUGUGUCAUGACAAGCUGUAUAGCUGACAGAAACAUGACUUACAGUCUUAAAAAAUAAGCUUUGCUCAACAGCACAAAACUGAAGAGAAUUUUUUUCAGCUAGUCAUUUUGAUGGCUUAUCUUUUAUAGCCCAUAAAAUUAUCCUCAUUUCUGUAUUUUAUCUUUUUUUUAUGUAGCAUGGGGUGGAAAUUAUUUCAAAUAGUUCUUUUGGAUCUUGUCCUCAAAUUGAAUAGUGUUAUUGUAUCAUUCUCUUUGAUUUCCAAUCAGAUCACUGGUAUAAAUGAAUGUACACAAAGUGUCCUUAACAUGUGCACCAUGAUGUGGUCUUUUUAUCUAUCAACUUUUAUCUUUAACUUGUAAUCAGUAAAUAUAUAAUUAAGCAAAUGCACGUCUGAAAUAAUGCACUUUAGUUGAAACCUAUGCUAUGCAGAAUCUGUACCUCCACUGGCCAUUUUCCUAUAUUAUUACAAGGUACAGCUCCUAUAGCACUCAGUGUGAUGAAUUUCAGUAUAAAAUGCUGGGUAGCUAAUUUAUUAUGGAUUUGCUCAUUCAGUGUUCGUCCUGAGUUACAUAACAAUUUUUGCACCCAGAAUGCUUCCCACCUUUAAAAUGUGUGAUAGUGCUACUGGUGAACACUUAAGUACCUACUGUAAAUAGACUGUUCAGUGUGGUGGAGCAUGUUCAUUUGAAUUGCUUAUUCUACUCUUGAUGAUGUUCAGAUGCAGAAAGCAUCUUUGUAGGGAAACAAAGAAUCAUUUCAGUUAUAUUCUUGGUACUUCAAGCACACCAGAAACAAAAGCAUUCUGUGAUUGGUGCCAAAAAGACCCCAAAUAUGCCAAAGAAUGAAUAUUAUGAAUGUUUGUGUGCUUAUGGAUUUCUUUGUUAAGCCCUUCUUUAAAACUGCUUUGCCUGCAUCACAGACAAGUUUACCUGUUCAUUUACACCUCAGCUUACAUGCUUAAAGUGUUUACAAAGUGCUUAAAUAGUACAUACUUAUCCUUUUGGUUAAUUUUAGUGUCUUUGUAUAAACACAUAUAUAUACAUGCAGCAUAAAUUUUUAAUUUAAAUAAUGGGUGACUUUUAUUGCCUUCUUGCAUUUGAGUAAAUAAGCUCACAAAAUAUUCAUUCAUGAUUAACAUACUGUCUUUAUGUGCAAUCCAUGCAAAGUGAUAUAGUCCUUUCUAAUAUGCUUUUGAUUAAAUCUUUCAUUAUUGCAAUUGACAAUACUGAAAUACCAAAAGUA